GGUCGCUUGGUCGAUGCCAUCGUCGAGGCUCGGAGGAGAUGGGACCUCUUCUGCCGCGCCUAUAAAAGGGUUGACAGGCCGAUCGGGCAGCUUCAAGGACAGCGUCCGACGGCACGAUAGCGCCGCCAGGGCGCUGCCGCUCUUCGGUCGCCAAGGCUCGGUGGUCACCGCCAAAGGCGGUAUCAAGAGCAUGCCGUCGCGCGGGAUCAAGACGAGCCACUACCUCCAUAUGGCCCAGAAAGGCCCGCCCGACAUCAAGCAGCUCAUGGAGGACGUCUACCUCGAGAUGGAGCGCCAGCGCACCCUCGGUGUUUUAAAAAUCCCGCUCAAAUUUACCGACUUUUACAACGCGGACAUUACCGUGCUCUUUGUGCGCGCGGCCAUGGACCACGUGGACUCGAUCGUGGCGCUCAAGAUCCUCGAGAAGAACGCGAUGCCCGAGGUGCGCUCGCGCGCAACUCAGCUGCACGCCGAGACGCUGAGCCGCCUCGCGACGAGCUACUCGCGCAUCGUGUUGCACUGCAGCAACUUUGAGCGCCAAAAGGAAGACGAGGUCUUCUUCGAGUGCGUCUACUACUUUGUGUGCGCGAUCGUCAAGGUCCUCCAUGCGCCCGAGCACUGGCACACGAUCGAGGAGGAGCUCGGUUACGCGUUCCGUGGCGAGUCGUUCAACAUCAACGGCCGCGGGCACUUGCGCGUCGAGCCGGUCGAGGCCAAGCCGCCGACGCGCUUUGGCGCCGCGGCCGAGGCGACCGAGAGCCUCCGCUUCGUGACCGCGAGCACGAACGAGCGCUACGGCGCGUUCAUCCAAAUGGUUGGCGUCAACUCGAUCGUGGCGCGCGUCGACAGCACGAAAGCGCGCGUCGACACCAACUUGCGCAUCGCGCAGACGAUCCGCGACCGCAUCAACGCCGCGCACCGCACCGAAGUUGCGGCGCGGACGACCCAAGAGCUCGAGUUUCAGAAGCGCAACGCGACGCGCAUGGAGGUCUACGGCCACGCGCCGGCCAAACCCAUGCACGGACCGAGCGCCCACGGACCGUACAGCCCCCGGCUCAACAUGCGCGCGACCCUCGAUGCGCGGUCGCCGGUCGUCGCGCGCAUUUUGCCGCCGCCGAGCGAGGCCGGGAGCCCGCACAAACUGGGUGAAGUCCAGGCGCCGACGCAUGCGAGUCCGAGUGCGAACACUUGCAGCCCACCGAGCGCGACGCGUUCAAGCAUGGCCGACGUGCUGUACCGGUCGUCGGCAAUACCCAAGCAACCUGCGUUGGCAUCAAAACCAAUAGGACGAUCUUAAACAAGGCAAUAUAUUAUCAACUAAGUACUAG